AUGAAGCAGAAGCUGGAUGAAGAGGGUAACAAGUGCAGCAUCCUCUCCAAGCAGCAGAAGUUCAACGAGCACUGCUGCAUUCGCUGCUGUUCCCCUUUCACGUUUCUUAUCAACAGCAAGCGACAGUGCCAAGAUUGCAAGUACAACAUCUGCAAGAGCUGCAGUUCUUACCAGAAGAAGGAGAAGGCCUGGAUUUGCAGUGUCUGCCAGCAGGCAAGACUCCUAAGGACCCAAUCUCUGGAUUGGUACUACAAUAAUGUGAAGAGCCGUUUUAAAUGUUUCGGAAGUGCCAAAGUCCUGAAGAACUUAUACAGGAAGCACAGACUGGAAAGUGGAGCUUGUCCUGAUAUAGUAGAAGGAGAAUUUUUUGAAGGAAGCUUAGAAAAUGAAGGAAGCAUUUGUGGCAGUGACUCUACAUUCUACAGACAGACAGAAGGACACAGCAUGAUGGAUACCCUUGCUGUGGCCUUACGUGUUGCAGAGGAAGCAGUGGAAGAAGCUAUUUCUAAGGCAGAGACCUACAGUGACAGCCUGGACAAGCAGAACGAAGCUUGUUAUUUGCAAGAACACAAGGAGGACCUCAUAGAAGAGCUGGCUACAACCAUCGUACAGAAGAUUAUAAAGAAGCAGAAAAGCAAAACUGAGCAGACUGAAGCUGACUUUGAAUGGCCACCAUCCAGGAGCAGUGGCCUGGCAUCUGUUGCUGUCUCCGAUCAGAGUAUGCUGACUUUUCCAGGGAGUCGCAGGGGGUCCUACACUUUGUGGAGGUCUCAGUCUGCAUUCUCCCUGGCGAGUGAAGAUAUGCCCAGUAAAGGUCUAGACCCUGCGUCUUCUGUGACUGAGGCUCUUUGGCGGCAGCAAAAAGGACAGUUCAGGAAACAGAAGGAACGCAAGCUUUCUGCAUUACCCAGCUGGAAAAGUGUGGACAGGCUAAACGAAACAA